GUAAGCUAACAUGUGCUUAAAUUAUUUGCAGAUCCCAUUUUUUCCACAAAAGACAGUUCAAAAAUAUCUUCACAAUGAGCACAGCUGCAGAACGAAAGUUCAUUAAUCUAAGGAAGCGGUUGGAUCAGCUGGGUUAUCGACAACCAUUAGGAGUGGAGAGUUUGCCUUUGGUGGAAAAGCUUUUUAGUGACCUUGUUCAUACAACUGAGAGCCUCCGGAGUGCUAAGCUAUCUGCUGGAAAACUUGAAAAAGAAUACAGCAACUUUGAUGUUGUUCUAGAACCUUAUCGAGAAGAAAAUGCUAGGCUCACCCGUGAAAACAAUGAACUACAUUUAGAAAUUCUGAAACUGAAAGAACAAUUGGAAAAGCAGGUCAAAGGUUUGAAAACUACAUUGAGGAAAGUUGAACAUGAGAAUGCAGAUAUGAAAUUUUUGAAUAACCAGUAUAUACAUAAAAUUAGAUUGUUAGAGAAAGAGAACAAAGCCAAGACUGACAAGAUCCAGCAACUCCAAGAAAAAAAUCUGCAAGCAGUGGUUCAGACACCAGGUGGUAGGAAAAGAAAUAUUCCGUUCAGGCGUCAGCGUAUGCAGAUAGACCAACCAGUCCCUCCCUCAGGAAUCGGUGCUUAUCCAAUCCCCCAGCCAGAUGACCCAUAUAUUGCAGAUCUUCUUCAAGUGGCUGACAACAGAAUUCAUGAACUGCAGUUAGAAGUGUCGGACUUGCAAGAAAAGCUAGAGAUAGCAGAACGUGAGGUGAAAAAUUACAGCAAACAGGUUGAGCUGCGAGACAGUGAGAUUGAGCGUUUAGGCCUGGCACUGGAUGGCGGUCGCUCUCAUGAUGUCAUAUCUUUGGAAGCCAGAAGCAGAAGUAAUGAAAAAAUUAUUGCUCACUUAAAUUUACAGAUUGAAUUUCUGCAGCAAACAAACAGAGAGCUUGAAAUGCGCAUACAGGAUCUUCUGGACAGUAAGCAAAAUGUCACUAGUGAAGUGGCUCAUUUAAGCAAUAAAAACGAAGAACUGUGCCAAGAAUUGAGUGAAAUAGAUCAGUUGGCACAACAGUUGGAAAGGCACAAAGAAAUUGUGCUUGAGACUGCAGAUAAAGAAAUUGGACAGGCUAAGGAAGAGAUUAAAAAAACAUACAGUGAAAUCCAGGAUCGUGAAGAGACAAUAGCGAAGCUUAAGUCAGAGUUAUCUACAUAUCGGCGAGAAAAAGACAGGCUGACCGAAGAACUCUAUGGAAAAACUGAUGAAAAACAAAAUCUUGAAGUGUUGUUAAACCAGGUUCAACUAGAGAACCAUAGACUGGCCAAAAAGCUUGAAAACCUUGAAAUAAUAGAUCGGGAGCUUGUUAUAGAACUAGAGAAAAUGAGAUUAGAAGGCGGUAUAGCACUGGGGGACAAAUCACCUUCUCGUCUGGAUGCAUUUGUAAAAACUAUAGAAGAAGACAGGGACUACUAUAAGCGUGAACUAGAGUGUCUCCAAAAGAUAAUUAAACAAAGAUCUAGCCCAUUACGCAAGUCACCAGAAAAGAAUGGUGAUCUAAGAUUGGUCACCCGAGAAAGAGAUGAGCUACAGUCUAUGCUAGAAAGAUUUGAAAAGCACAUGAUAGAAAUUCAAUCUAAUGUCAAACUCUUAACUGCAGAAAGAGACAAACUAAGCAUUCUUUAUGAACGGUCUCAAGAUGAGUUAAACCGUCUACGGAGAGAAACAAAAACUUCUUUAAUGACACAAAGUUACGCAGAAGAGGAGCGGAACAUUGCAAUGUCCGAUUUCAGAAGAGUGGUGGCAGAGAAAGAAGGACUAAGAGAGAAGUUAAAGGUCCAUCAGGAUGAAAAAUCAAAGUUAGAACAGGAAAUAUCAGACUUGGAAAACACUGUUCACAGAUUGGAGACUGAACAUCUUGAUCAAGUAACUACUAUUUCAUUGUUAAAAAACAAAAUAGUCUGCUUAGAAGAUGAAUCAAAUAUUAAGUCUCAUCAGCUGUCUCAGUUGUCUGAAGAUGCUUCACAAUUUAAAACAGAAAUAAACUCCCUUCAACUACUAAAUGAACAGAUACAAAAAUCUUUAGAUGAAGUGCAGCAUCAGUUGGCUCUUAAAGAUGAUGAACUUCAUUUGGCUCAAGAAGAAAUUUUAUUGCUUGAAGAAAAAACAGGUAAAUUCAGUAAUAAGCACCAUGCACAGGAUGAGACCAUCAGUGUGCUCAGAAGUACAAUUAAUGUCUUGGCUAAGGAAAAAGACAGCCUCCAGGAAAGUAUAGAUGAAAAGACAGAAAGAGUUGCUUAUCUAGAUGACAAUUUAGCCAAUAAGGAAAAAACAAUCCUCAAUUUGCGACAAACUCUUACUCAGUUAGAGUCGUCCUUAGACCAAUUAAAGGAUGCCUUAAGCGGUAAAGACCGAGAACUAGCCAGCGUCCGUCGCCAGAUCGAGGCAGCACAUUCUGAGCUUGGUGAAGUCAGCAGGGUGAAAGAAAUGGCCUUGAAAGAGAACAGAAGAUUACAGGAUGAUCUAUCCACAAUGGCCAGAGAAAACCAGGCAAUCUCAUCUGAACUGGAAGCAGCAUUGCGUGAUAAAGAAGAAAUGAAAAUUAGAGUUCAUAAUUACAUAACAGAAGUCUCCAGGUUUGAAAGUUUAAUGGCCUCAAAGGAAAGAGAAAACAAGGAGCUGUUGGAAAAGUUCCAGAUGCUCUAUAGCCAAGCUGAAAGCUGGGAAGUAAAGGCCCAUCAAGCUGAGGGGCAAAGCAGCUCUGUACGACUGGAACUCCUUUCUGUUGAUACUGAGAGACGGCAUCUUAGAGAGAGAGCGGAACUACUGGAAAAAGAAAUUCAGGAGCAUAUCAUUGCCCACCAAGCUUAUGAAUCACAGAUCUCUUCAAUGGCAAAAAGUAUGGCCAAACUAGAGGAGAGUCUCAAACGUGAAAAAGAAGAAAAGUCUUCCAUUUCUGUUGAUGUGGUUUCUGUUAGAGAGCUGUGUGCCAAACUGGAGUCCAGCAAAGAAAGUCUCUCCCGUCAGUUAACAUCCAAAUCUAUGGAGUUUGAGAGGGUAAUAUCAGAAUGUGAAGAUGCAAGAGCAGAAACAGAACUGUUAAAAAAACAACUAUCCAGUGAGCGGCUUACAAUACAGAACUUGGAAACACUCUUGUCUACCAGCAGAGACAAAGAUUUUCAGAAUCAUUUGAUAACCCAUGAGAAAGAUUCAGAAAUACAGCUACUUAAGGACAAGUUAACACUCUCGGAGAGUAAAUUAACGAGCGUUAAUAGGGAAGUUUCAAUAACUCGAAAUAAACUUGCACAGCUGCAGGCUGAUUAUGAUAUUGUAAAAAGGCAGCUGACAACAGAACGAUUUGAAAGGGAGCGUGCCAUUCAAGAGAUGCGUCGACAUGGUCUCUCUACCACUUCCCUACGUGCCUCAUCCCCGCUUAGUUCAACUUUUAAAACUUCACAUUCUCCAGAAAGAACAGCUACAGUGGUAACAGAACAAGCAGACAAAGGUGUGGGCUUCAAGGAUUAAUCAGUUACUUUAAAAGAAGAACAGUAAUAGAAGUUUUAACAUGUUUGGACUCGUUGUCAACACUGACAUGAACUCUACCUCCUAAACAUUGUUAAAUCAUUUAAAACCUUGAGAAAAUUGAAUGCUUUUAAUGUGCGAUCAACCCUUGGAACAUUCUUUUAUCACACAAUAUUUCUUAAAUAUAUGGAUGAGCUUUGUCUUUAGGUUACGACCAAAGUGUGUGAAUGUAAAUCGCAUUUUCAAAUGCAAGCUGUUUACUACAAAACCAUGUGAAGGUGGCUGGUCAUGAAGAGUCUUUUAGGCUACCAUUUAUUUGCUCUUUUGUUUACACCCCACUAAUUUUAUAUAACCUGUAAGUCUUAAAUAAUGUUCAAUUUAACCUAGCAUUGUAUAUAAACUUAACAAAAAUAGCAGAUCAAGGAUUCAUAUACUUCUUUAUCACUCUUCAGAGCUGAGCCUGUAUUUUGAAAAUCACUUUAAUUUCGCUCUUAUUAAAAACAAUUACAAUUGCUUGCAUUAAGUUAUCAUGUUAGUAAUAAUGCAAUAUAUAUGCUUAUCUUGGAUCUGUCAACACUCUUCUUUCUUUUUUUAAAGUUCAGUGAUAAAGUUUGAGGAGUUGCCACAGCUGAGCUCCAGCUUUUAAUGGCGUAAAAUAAGGCAGGUUAGUUUAGAAAAACUAUUAGGUAAGUGAAUUAAGACUCUUAUUGCAAAAAGACUGAUAAACUUGAAGUUAUUGUCACAAUAAUGUCAUAUUAUAUUAGCAGGUUCUGGAAUAUGUUUCUUAACAGUCAACUUUAUAUAUGUUGACUGUGUAUCAUCUCUGUCCACUAACCUUUUCAGAGCAUAGAAGCAUACAUUAAGCACAGAGCUACCUCUGCCCACAACUCGUUCAUUUUUUCUAGUUUUGUUUCAUUUUAAAGAAAGAAAUCUUAAUUAUGGGACCUCCAUAAUAUGCAAAGCUGAUCUGUUUGUGUUUCAGUGUGAAUAGAAUUCUGGAUUAAGGGUAUAUCUGAAUUGUCUCUUUCCAGUAUAUUAAUCUUGUUUAACAUCCUUCUGCUGUAACAUAUGUACUUAAUGGUAUAAUACACAGUAAUAAUAUACUGUCUAAUGUGAAGGAACUUCAGUUUUCCAAGCAUAAUUGCAGACUGAUUUAAAACUUUUCUUCAAAAGCACAUAUUUUCCAGUUUCCAUUAUAGAAACUGCUAUGAAGAACAGAAAAGGAAUAUGACAUACGACAAAAACGGAAGCCCCAAAUCCUGAAGUUGGCUGUGUCUAGGUUGCUUUUAAUAAAACUGUGAAAGCAUAUUGUUUUAAUAAAUAAAAUAUAUAUUAACUGGAAUAA